AUGGAGCCUGCAUCGCGUCUCACCAGGCUUCUUGGGCAGCUGAGACCUGGCCUUCGGGAAAAGGCCUUGCAGGCCCAUGAGCUGAGUGCAAGGUCCUUCAGUUCUCGACGUCCUCAGCAACUCCGUUUGCCUUUUUCAAAGGUGCUGAUUGCAAACCGUGGUGAGAUUGCAGUGCGUGUGGCACGCGCUUGCCACGAAGAAGGUCUCACAACAGUCGGAAUCUAUGCAGAGGAGGACAAAAGUUCCCUGCAUGUCCAACGAGUCACAGAGGCUUUGAAGGUGACCUCGUCCAAGCCUGGGCCAAUCGCCCCUUACCUUGACGUGCAGAGCGUGGUGGAAGCUGCAAAGCGUAGCGGGGCUGAAGCGGUGCAUCCGGGCUAUGGCUUUCUGUCCGAAAGUGCUGAUUUCGCAGCGGCCUGCGAGGACGCAGGAAUUACCUUCAUUGGUCCGCGCCCGGAGACAAUCGCCUUGCUUGGAGACAAGGUGCGUGCCCGGGAGCUGGCAAUGGCCAGUGACGUGCCGGUUCUUAAAGGAUCACCUUUUCUGAGCUCCUGGGUGGCUGCGAGGGAAUUCUUGGAGCGCGAGAGCUUGCCGCUGCCAAUUAUUUUCAAGGCUGCCUUCGGUGGCGGUGGCCGUGGCAUGCGACUAGUGCGGGAAGACGACGAGCUGAACGAAGCCUACGAGCGCUGCACCAGCGAGGCCAAAACGGCUUUUGGUAACGGUUCCGUCUUUCUGGAAGAGUUCAUGGAAGAUGCUCGGCAUAUUGAGGUUCAAGUCCUUGCCGAUGGGCAAGGGGGUUGCGCUCAUUUGUAUGAACGGGAUUGCAGUGUGCAGCUCCGUAACCAGAAGGUGGUGGAAGUGGCUCCUGCGCGCAUUCAUCCAACGCUACGGAAGCGGAUCUCCGAAUGCGCUGUGCGAUUGCUGCUGAAAUGUCAAUAUCGGGGAGUGGGCACUGUGGAGUUCAUGGUGGCUGGCAGCCUUCAAGAUCCUGAUGCGCGCUUCGUGUUUAUGGAGGUGAACCCGCGAAUCCAGGUGGAACACACUAUCACCGAAGAGGCCACUGAUGUGGAUAUUGUCAAGACGCAAUUGGGCAUCGCAGGUGGCUUCAAGCUAGAGGAGCUCAGCUUGGGCCCAGGAGCUGACUUGGAAGCCUCCAAGCUUCGAGGUUUUGCCAUCCAAGCUCGAGUCUCACUGGCACCAGGUGGCAAUGAGGUCUCCAAGUAUCAAGAGCCUAGCGGCGAGGGUGUGCGUGUGGACGCAGCGCUUUAUGCUGGUGGCAAGCCGAGUAUGCAUUAUGACCCAUUGGUUGGAAAACUCAUUUGCUACGCUCCAGGUGAAGGCGAUGAUGCUUUUCAAACCUGUCGCAAACGGACCAUCACAGCCCUUGACUCCUACAUCAUUGACGGCGUGAACACCAACAAGCCGACGUUGAGGGGGAUCCUUCACCAUCCUGAGUUCAUCAACAACGAGGUUUUGCUUUCAUUCAUGGCUCGGCAUGGGGCUACUUUGGCUGGUGGCAUCAGUGUGCCUGUGGCAAAAGGCAGGGGAGGAGCUGCUCUUCGGCGCCAGAAGCUGCCCGUGAUGUCGCCUUUGGAGGCUACAGUUAUCCGCAGCUGCGUUGCCGAGGGCGCAGAGGUGGAGGAGGGUCAAUUGCUGGUGCUCCUAUCUGCAAUGAAGUUGGAGACUGAGGCCGCUGUUGGAAUGGAGCAGAGGCUCAGUCAUGGUAGAAUCUUGGGGCUCCGCAUUGCCAAUUUCACAGACAAGCCGCCACGAACACUUGAGGUCUUGAAAGUGGCAGUGACAGAGAACCAAACGGUUGGCUCCGGAGAAGACUUAGUCGCCACUUUGGAUGCAGACAGCCAUAUGUGCAGGGAACAGGACUCAUAUGUGGGGACAUAG